AUGAAAGACAAACACAACAAGGCGGCCCGAGUUCCCCUCAUAUGCUUUACCCCAGGUCGUGACCCCACUCUUCUGGGUUGGGGCAACUCCUUCAAGUGCCAAGUGCGGCAAAGUGUUCGGCAACAGGGUCAUCUGUUCAUUCACAAGAAUGUCCACGCGGAGGUGAGGCCCUUCGGAUGCGACACCUGCGGCAGGCGCUUCAGUCAGAAGGGAAACCUCCUUCGCCACUCGCUCUUGCACACCAACGAGAAGCCCUUCGGAUGCGGCGUCUGCAGGAAGUUCUUCGUGCAAAAGGCUCACUUGGUGAAACACGUGGUGGUUCACAGGCAGAGGCUGGCUGCCCUCAAGAGGUGUCGGCGGAGGGAGGCGUUGGAGCGAGGGUCCUCCGCUGAGGCCAAGGAGGGCGCCCUCAGGUGCAAGGUCUGCGGAUUACAGUUCAGGCGGAUUUUCCAGCUGAUGGAACACCUGAAGGCCCAGCAUAUUCUCGGAAGGGAAAGGAAAUAG